GAUCUUUGUUGGUGACGUUACUGGGCCGCUCCCGCCCGUUGCCGCUUGUGGCGGCGGGUCGGCGAUGGAAUGAAGGGUCCAUUGUGUGUUUCUAGUAACAUAAUUUGGGAACUCCAGGCACCAGCAUGGCUGAGAGUGCAGACGGCGGAGGGAAUGCAGUGACCUCAACGUCAAACAAAGACAAAGGUGGGGAAUUAACUCUGAUGCAGGAAGUUUACAAGCGAAAUUUGCCAGUCGGCUCAGCAAGGGAAGAUGAUCAGGACACUGGUAUCACAACAUCAAAACAAGCUCGGAUUGAAGGCAGCGAUCCCAUGGAAUAUGAUCCGGCCGCGGGUACCAGGGAACAAAGUCUGACCAGAGACACUGGAACUGGCCUAAGUGCGGUGAUUCCUCACGUCAGAGGCACAUUAAGCCAGGAACCAUCAACUCUUGACCAAGGAACAGAUCCAAAGUCUACAAACUCCGAGUUCUUGACACAGUGGGACGAUUAUCAGAAGAGACUGCAGCAGGUCAUUGAAGAAGGGGUUGAAAGACUCGGCUUGAUGUUGAGACAGGAGGCACGUUUCAGUGGACAAGAACGUGAGGAAAUCACAGAACUUGCUGAGAAGGGAAACCAGACACACAGUACUGCUCUCUUCCUUAGUCUGGUGAUGGAGAAAGACUCCCAGUCUAGGAUGGUGAUGGGGGAAUCCUUUGUGAAAAUGCGUAAUGAAUUGGCAAAAUUGGACAAAAUGCUGAAAGAAAUCCUGGAGCUUGAUCCUGAUCCACGUGAAUUAAUGGACAUCGCCCCAGGUUUAUGUGAUGUAUCCUCGCAAUUGAAAGAUGUUCAGCAAAAACACAAGGAGUUUCUGCGGGUAGAGACCGAAACACUGAGAGUGAACACGCUCCUCAAGAAAGGUAAUGCUAAUGGUUUCCAGCUGGUUGAUCGAUACGUUGAGCUCACGGUCAUUUCUACUGUUCGAGAUUGGGGAGUGGUGGAACAUGAGCUGCUGGCAAGAGGCCGAGAACAUGAAAAGUGGAGAGAGAAACAUCUCCAGGGAGAGCUGGAAAAAAUCCGGACUGAUCAAUUGGUCCAGAGCAGCUUCUCUCAGAACAAAUUAAAAACUGGGAAUUCGGCAGUGGUGGCCGGAGUUGCGGGGAUUGGUAAAACAACAAUGGUGCAAAAGAUUGUUUAUGACUGGGCCACAGAGAAAAUAUACCAACACUUCCAAUUUGUCUUCAUUUUCAAAUUCAGAGAUUUAAAUUCCAUUAGCUGUCGAAUAAACCUGAACAAACUGAUUCUGGAUCAAUAUCCUUACUUUAGGAAUCUCUUGGAAGAGGUCUGGAAGAAGCCAGAGAGACUGCUGUUUAUAUUUGAUGGUUUGGAUGAAUUUAAGGGCAGAAUCGAUUUUGCAGACAAUCAGAGAGACACAGUAGAAACUCAGCACAUAUGCACAGAUCCUGAGUGGCGGUGUGAAGUGUCUGACAUUGUGUAUGGCUUAAUCCAGCACAAGCUCCUCCCAGGCUGUUCAGUGCUAGUGACCACCCGCCCCACUACGUUACAUUCAUUGGAAAAGGCGGAGAUCGGUGUCUGGGCUGAAAUCCUGGGAUUUGUUGGAGAGGAACGAAAGGAAUAUUUCAACAAGUUUUUUGAAGAUCAGAUGGUGGCAGCAACUGUUUUCAAACACGUGGAGAAGAACGAGAUUCUGCACACCAUGAGCUACAACCCCUCAUACUGCUGGAUCCUCGGCCUUGUACUGGGCCCCUUCUUCGCACAAAGACACGGGGACCUGCUGCAAGUUCCCAAGACCAUCACCGAACUAUAUUCCUACUACAUUUACAACAUCCUGAAAAACCACGGUUGUGAAAAUGAGAGCCCCCGUGAGGUGCUACUGAGGAUUGGUCAGAUGGCCUACAUAGGAGUAUCCGAGAAGAACAUUGUGUUCACAGAUGGAGAUUUGAUCAAGUACGAUCUCCAGCCUUCCCAGUUCCUCUCCGGUUUCCCGAUGGAACUUUUGGAGAGAGAGGAUUCUGCCCGGAGUGGGGCAUACACAUUUCCUCACCUCACUAUCCAAGAGUUUGUAGCUGCACUUGCACAAUUCCUGACUCCAGAUCCUGGAGAUAUCGUGAAACUCCUCAAUGAAGCCCAUAGCAAGGAAGAUGGGCGAUUUGAGGUAUUUCUCCGUUUUGUUGCUGGUCUCUCCUCACCAGGGUCAUCUCGGCGACUGGAGGAGUUUCUGGGCCCAUUUCCUCAUCAAACUACUGUCCAAGUGAUUGACUGGGUGAAGGAGGAGGUUAAAAAGCAGAUUGGAAAUGCAUGGAGUCAAACUGGUAAAAGGAGUUUCCUAAAUGCAUUGCCAUUCCUUUUUGAGUGUCAAAAUAGUAGCCUUGCGCAGGAUACACUGGGAUCCAUUCAAACACUGUCAUUAAUUGGAAUACGACUAACCCUGAUUGACUGCGCCGUGCUGUCUCGUGCGAUUGGCCUCUGUGACACAAUAAAACAUCUCAAUUUGUGGGGCUGCCACAUUCAGUGUGAAGGACUCCAGCAACUGGGACCCGGGCUCCACAAAUGUCAGGAAUUGAGACUGGAGAACAAUGCAUUGGGAGAUUCCGGAGUGAAACUGUUGUCUGUGGCUCUGAGGCACCCUGACUGUAAAAUACAGAAACUAGGGCUGAGAGAUAUUGGUCUCACAGAUUCUUGCACAAACUAUCUCAUCUCUGCACUCGGUACAAACCAAUCAUUGACUAGUCUAGACUUGGGGAAAAACUCCUUAACAGACCGAUCGGUCCCCGCUCUCUGCUACCUGACACGGAUGCUCCCAAGUCUGACAUGGAUCGGGCUGUGGGAGAAUGAAUUCAGUCGAGGUGGAGAGAAUCAGCUGAAGUCUCUGCAGGGAACUAGACCUGGACUGAGUGUGUCUUUGUGAACAUCUCAAUGUAUAUCUGUCACCACCCUUGGGUUGGCAAUGGGCCUGGCCUGUUUCCUGCCCUCCCCUUUGAAGGUCUACACUUUGGAUUUAGAAUCCAAUGGUUCCAUCGGUUCCCAGGCGGACCCGAACUUGUAGUAACGGCAAGAGGUGGCUCUGCCAUGUCACUCAGCUGCUGAUCCACACCACAUUGCCUCUGCCGUUUAUCGGGCUGGGUGUCCAUGGUGGGAACUGGAGAAUUGCAGACAGGAAGAGCCCAGGGGGGAGGGAGUUUCAGAGACCAAUAAUAGCAUUUAGGGUUCUCUGGGGACAAAAAAUGUUCAGAGCAAUCUCCAUGCUGAAGGACGUUUGUCUCACAGGUUCUUGCACUGAAAAUCUUGCCCCAGUUCAAACCACUCACUGAUGGGUCUGGACGAGGGGAACAACUUCUUCAGACCGAUCUGAAGAACAUGUGGCAUGAAGAUUUACUCCAGUCCAUUCAAUGGCCUGACCACAUAGUAUUAAUAUUUCAAAUAUCUCGAUAGUUGGAUCUGUUGCGAUUCCUGAAAUUGUGAUUUGAGAGCCAGCAGUGCCCCUCAUGCAGAAUAACAGUGACAAACUGGACAAAUUGUUCAAGCCUUCACUCAUUGUCAGAUAUUUGUUAAUUGUUUGCGAUUGUAUCUGAAGUAUGAAUAAUUUAUUAAACCAUGGAUUGGCAAGUUC